GGUUGCUUUCAACCGCUCAAGUGGUAUCACGGCAAGACGCUUGAGUACGCCUCUCGUACAGGCUCGCGCGACGUUAACAAGGCCGACUUUAUAGCUAUAAUAGAGAUCCAGUGCUUAACGUUUAUAAAGUCUACAAUCUGCUCAGGUUGGCGCCGUACAGAUAUAAUGCUGUACAAACCUGACAUCGUGUUAGCGCAUCUUCGCACCCAAGAAGGUUGCUACUCUAGCAAUAGUGACCGCUCGGCUACACCACCACUACCGCUUAUAUAG